CCAGCUUUGGAACUCUGACAAAACCACUCCUUUCCUGUUAUCUUGUUUUCUGCCUGCGGACAGACGAUUAAAGCAUUUUGGCCCUCGCUCGGCAUACGUAGCAAAAGAAUGCCCUAAUGACUAAAUCAUCUCCUUCGUUCUCACGUUUUAUUAUCGAUCUCCGGGUGAUCAACUUUGCUCUUGGCUUAAUUUGGCUUAUUACUUUCCGAUACCUUCAACAGACUACCUACUACGACCCGUCUUCAUUCUUCUUUCGCUGGGAUGCCGCGUAUCAGCCGCUUUACUCUGCUGUAAGGGAGCAGGAAGCCGAUGCGUUCCUCGCCUCAAGUCAGUCGCAAAAGAGUAGAUUAUUAAAAGGGUCAGAAGAGAGUCUUGGUUACGCCGCGCCAUACUGUAUCGGCAUCCCAACUCUCCAAAGAGAGCGCGCGCAAUUUUUCGCUAAAACAGCAGCGUCCCUCGUCGAUACCUUGACAGCCGAAGAACGAAAUUCAAUAUAUAUUGUUGUUCUUUUAUCCGAUACCGAUGCGACAGUGAAUUCAGCAUUCGGGCAGCAUUGGCUUCAUGCAAUCGCCGACACCGUUGUGGUUCAUGAGGAUACGCCCAAGGGCCUAGUUGCUGAAAAUGGCUACCAGACGAUACCGCGGCAUCCCGAAUUUGCGGCCAGAGACGAACGAGUAAGACGCGACUACUCUGUGCUCUCUGAAAUCUGUCGUCAAAACGACUCCGAAUAUUUUAUCCUAGUCGAAGAUGAUGUUAUUGCUGCGAGAGACUGGCUCCAGCGACUUCAAGACGCAACACCACAAGUAAACGAGCGCGCGGUUGCCAAAGAUCGAGACUGGCUUUACCUCAGACUUUUUUACACCGAGACUUAUAUGGGCUGGAACUCGGAGGAAUGGCCUAUUUAUAUACGAAAUAUUCUCUUGAUAUACGUGGCCGUAUCGGGAGCCAUGAUUGCCAUUCGACAUGUCUACCACAUGGCGCAGCCCUCUGCCAAAGAGCGAACCUCCAAAGUUUCGAAAUUUCUGAUGGCGAAUAUACUUUUCAUAUGGAUGCCCUUAUUUAUUGGGCUAGGGUUUAUGGCUGGUCGGUUAACAGUCAGUCCACUACCGUUCGGCGUCCAAGAGAUGCCGCGGUACGGUUGUUGUAGCCAGAGCUUAGUUAUACCAAGUCGGCAUCUCACCACACUUGAAGAGAAGCUAAAAGAGCCCCCUUUUGACCUUCCUGCUGAUUCUACUAUCGAAAGGAUAGCAGACAGCCUUGAGCUUGACAAGUGGGCGCUUGUGCCUAGUGCCUUUCAGCAUAUUGGAGCAAGGGGAUCGUCAGCCAGAGGAGGCGCUCUUAAGUCGACGUGGAACUUCAGUUUCGAGAGGCUCUAUUCAGCAUAAAUGUCAUCCAUAUAUGCAUGGUAUUUGAUUGCAUUGGCAUUUUUUGAUAAUAUAUAUAGGAUAGAGGGCAAGCGCGGUCUUUUUUUUUUUUCGUUUUAUUUGAUGUUAUUGGAAGCUAGUUAUCAGAAACUAAACAAAGAGAACCGCAUAUACCUCGUUUAUG